AUGGUCUCAAUCUCAUUCCCUCCCGUAAAGGCAGUCUCUUCUAACCCGGUGGUGAUACAGGCCAGGGUGGCAAACUUUGAAGUUGGAAAGGUAUAUUUAGACAAUGGAAGUUCCUCCGACAUAAUAUAUGAACAUUGUUUUCAAAAGUUACCUCAAAGAGUUACAGAUCUUAAGCGUCCAUCAAGGACUCAGCUUGUCAGUUUCAUGGGAGAGUCUAACAGGCCGGUAGGAGAAGUUUCAAUGGAGACAUCUGAUAUGACAGGAGUCCCAAGAGAGUUAGCUGAGCACGCAUUAAAUGCCAAUCCCAACAUUUCACCAAUAAGACAAAAGAAGAGGGGAAUGUCUCAAGAUAGAAGCAAAGCUGCAUGUGAACAAGUCAACGAAAUGGUGGAAGCUGGAAUUCUUAGAGAAGUUAAGUAUCAAACCUGGGUGGCCAACCCAGUCAUGGUGAAAAAGCCAGAUGUUUCUUGGAGACUUUGUGUAGAUUUUAAAUACAUCAACAAAGCUUGCCCGAAAGAUAACUACCCCCUCCCAGAAAUAGACUGGAAGGUGGAAUCUCUUGAUGGGUUUAGAUUAAAAUGUUUCCUGGAUGCUUAUAAAGGGUACCAUCAAAUUUCUAUGAAGAAGAUAGAUGAAGACAAGACAGCCUUCCAUACAGAUCAAGGAAUUUAUUGUUUUGAGAAAAUGCCUUUUGGCCUAAAGAAUGUCGGGGCUACUUAUCAGCGUUUGAUAGACAAAGCAUUCAGAGAUCAAAUUGGAAGAAAUGUGGAAGCCUUUGUGGAUGACAUUGUGAUAAAGAGUCAGGCUGAGGAAAUAAUGUUGGCAGAUGUACAAGAGACCUUUGACACCUUAAGAAGCAUCGAUAUGAAAUUAAACCCAUCAAAGUGUAGCUUUGGAAUGGAAGAAGGAAAAUUUCUUGGACACAUUGUGACUCCUAAAGGAAUCAAGGCAAACCCUAAGAAAAUUCAAGCGGUAAUAGACAUGGCAUCCCCUCGAACCAAGAAGCAAGUUCAAAGUCUUAAUGGGAAGUUGGCUGCCCUAGCAAGAUUUCUGUCAAAGUCUGCCGAAUGGUCUUUGCCUUUCUUUAGAACAUUAAAGGGAUGCUUAAGGAAGCAAGACUUUUCGUGGUCGGCUGAAGCAGAGGAGGCAUUCAAGGAUAUGAAGAAGUUCCUUGCUGACCUCCCAACUCUCACAACCCUGAUCCCAGGUGAAACACUUACUCUAUACCUUGCUGCUUCUAAAGAAUGUGUUAGUGCAGUAUUACUUGCAGAAAGAAGCAAUGGCCAAAUGCCAAUAUAUUUCGUAAGUAGAGCCUUAAAAGGCCCAGAAAUAAAUUAUCCAUGUUUGGAGAACUUAGCUCUUGCCUUGGUCCACGCGGCCAGACGCCUAAGGCGAUACUUCCAAGGUCACCCUAUUCGGGUUCUGACUGACAAGCCAAUAAGGCAAGUGCUAGCCAAACCUGAAGUAUCUGGACGAUUAGCCAAGUGGGCUAUAGAACUGGGUGAACAUGAAAUUAGCUUCCACCCAAGAACAUCCAUCAAGGGCCAAAUCUUGGCUGAUUUCUUGGCAGAAACUGACUCUUCCGAUGUCGCAGGAAAAGAAGUUCAAGAGGUCCAGGAAACCCAGGAAGAGGAAGGCCCAAAGUGGACCCUCUUCACAGACGGAGCAUCUAAUCAAGAAGGAUCAGGAGCAGGUCUUAUCUUAAUCGAUCCCGAGGAAAUAGAAUACACUUAUGCAUUAAGAUUCAACUUCCCAGCAUCCAACAAUGAGGCAGAGUAUGAAGCACUCCUUGCUGGCCUCAGAAUGUUAAAACAAAUGGGAGUAAAGAAAAUACAAGUAUUUGUAGAUUCCCAAUUAGUGGCAAACCAGAUCAAUGGCACAUUUGAAGCUAAUCAAGCAUCCAUGCAACUUUACUUAGAAGAAACAAAGAAGCUUAUUGGAGAAUUUGAGUCUUUUCAUAUAGAGCAAGUUAGAAGGAACCAGAAUAAGAAGGCGGAUGCUCUGAGCAAGCUAGCUUCAUUAACCUUUGCUCACCUCACCAAAGAAGUCUUGGUUGAAGUCCUACAAGAAAAGUCUAUAAUAAAAGGUAAGGAAGUAUCUCAAGUUGAAGAGGAAGAAGACUGUUGGAUGACCCCAAUUUACAAUUUCAUCAAGAAUGAAACACUUCCAGAGGACAACCAUGAAGCUCAGAAGGUGAGAAUGAAGGCACCAAUGUACCUCCUUAUCGAAGAUAAACUAUUCAGAAAGUCUUUUCUAUGUCCGCAUCUCCGAUGUGUAGGCCCUUCCCAAGCUCAAACUCUAAUUCAAGAAGUUCAUGGGGGUACAUGUGGAAUUCAUGCUGGACCAAGAUCAGUGGCCACAAAGAUAAUGAGGCUUGGUUAUUACUGGCCUUCAAUGAACAAGGAUGCCAAGGAAGAGAUAGAAAAGUGGGAAUCCUGCCAAAUACAUGCUCCAAUAUCAAGAAUGCCAAAGCAAGAUCUCAUUCCAGUAAACACUGCUUGGCCAUUUUACAAGUGGGGGAUUGACAUUGUAGGUCCGUUCCCGGUUGCAGUUGGAAAUGUAAAGUUCUUAAUAGUGGCUGUCGACUAUUUUUCUAAGUGGGUCGAAGCUAAACCACUUGCUACAAUCACUGGUCAAAAGGUGAUCAACUUCGUUUGGGAAUACAUAGUAUGUCGAUUUGGAGUACCGCAUGUGUUGGUAAGUGACAAAGGAAAACAAUUUGCUGAGAAUCCAUUCAAGACAUGGUGUGAAGAUAUGGACAUUAGACAAGUAUUUACCUCAGUUGCCCAUCCUCAGGCCAAUGGACAAGUGGAAGUGAUGAACAAAGCAAUAGUGGGAGGUAUCAAAGCAAGGCUUGGCAAAUGUAGAACCGGUUGGGUGGAUGAGCUUGUAGGAGUACUAUGGGCACACCGGACUACCCCAAGAGGAAGCACUAUGGAAUCACCAUUCAGUCUUGUCUAUGGAACCGAGGCAGUCAUCCCACCAGAACUAAGCAUUCCAAGUCAUCGCAUUGUAAACUUUAAUCCAGCCUAA